AUGUUACUGGAUAAUCUGUCGGGUGCUGGCCUGUUAGAGCCAAAACACCUAGCGUUAGGACUCAGCAUCACUACUCUAUUCACCGUCGCACUGGCCAGGGCCAUCUCUCUCCUCCAGAAUGUACUCGAAACCCUGGUUUCAAGUAUUCUGAAUUCUGGAUCUACUCCGGAAAUAGUGAUAUCUGAGCUAGAGCACUUGAAAAAACUCUUCAAGGAUUCUGCUCUUGGGCCAGGGGCUUGGUUUACUCAGCUGAAAGUCUUGGCAAAGUCUCCAGUCCCAGAUGGAAGAGCCAUUGCCAAUGAUGCAGCUCUCAUCCGUACACAGACACGAAAGUUUGUCGAACAAUUAAACAACAGUGGAGAUUUCUGCAACGGAGUUUUUGAUCCAGCCAAGGAUAUCAACUUUUAUCCCUUCCUGGUCGUUGCUACUUUGUUGUACGGUGACCUCGAUGCAGAAGAAAUUCAAUGA